UCCACAGCGCGCGGCGUGGAAGAAAGUCAGCCUACCGAGAGCGGCUCAUCAGUCCGGCACGGUGCGGUGUCACGAAUGCACGUCGAACCAUCGAUUUUCCGCGUGUCGUUGCCACGUGAUUCUACGCCGUUCGCCGCACGCAAGUUAUGCGUUCGUUCACCGGCACCGAGUGCAACUAACCGGCGGACUCCGAAACACCUGGAUCGCACCACCGUCGGAUACGUGUAGACAGUGAGAUCGCGUGCCCAUCGUAUCGAUCGAGGAUCCGCAUUUCGAUAAAGGAUCACCCGCGUACAAUACGAAUCCUUCCCGAGAUAAUUCUGCGGGAAGGCGCGUACCUGCGGAACCUCGCUGUAGAGGAGUGCGCGCAGAGGAUAGUAAAGAAAAAUCGUGGAUUCAGGAUCUGUACGAACGGUGCGGCGACGUGCUGGACCGUGGCGAGGAUCGAGGGAUUUUGCAGUGCUUGCGAAUGGCAGAUGAAUGGGAGUGGCUAGCAUUCCAGAGCAUAAAGAUCAACGGGCUUGCCAUGAAUUAAAAUCGACUCGGAAAAUGGACGUCGCCAAGGGCACAACGGAGGAGUUCGUGACGGUGGUCAGCGUCGGCAGUCAGCCGACGUCGGAGAACUUCGUGACUGUUCUGUCGAUCGGAAAUGGCAAGAAGGAAGACGAGGAGUCGUCGACGGCGAGCAAGUGCCUGGCAAACGGCGUGGACGGACACCUCGAGGAGGAAGUCGAGGUGUUCAGGUUACCUGGGGAGCGCCUAGGCUUCGGUCUCAAGUUCGAGGGCGGCAACAAAACGUCCGAGAGGGUCAGGCGACUGUUCGUGCAGAGCUGCGCCGAGCAGAGUCCCGCAAGCAGAGCAAAAUGCUCGUGGGGCACCUUGGGCGAAGGAGACGAGGUGCUCUCGAUCGACGGUAUACCGGUGACACACAUGACUCGGUUGGAUUGCGUGAGAAGACUGAAGGAAUCGCAAUUGGUCAUCAGACUGCUGGUGAGAUGUCGCGGUGCCCUCAGGCCGGAAGUGGUGAGCGCCGAGAGGAAGAUGUCGACGGAGAAGAGCAAAGUGCCGCCGGAGUUACCCGCGGCGCCUCCACCUGUACCGCCGAGGAAGCUGAGACAGCCACGAGGACCCGCGGACGGCGAGGCGAAUCCUAGUCCUGUGAAGAAAUCAUGGGACAGUCCGAGGUCGCAAAAUCCAUCGCUGAAUGGUUCGCAGAACAGCUCGCCAGCUUCUCAAGCCGGCUUACACUGCGUGGUGAAGACCAACUCGUAUGAGAGUUGCGAGUCCUCGCCGAAGAGCGUAAACGGAUCGAAUCAGGAGAGCCCGAAGGGAUCGCCCAAGGACCGGUCGCCAGAAUUUGCGAAGUCGAAGCAGGAACCGCCGGAAGCCAUGGUUUAUCUGGACGCGAGAUCGCAGUGCGGUUCGACGCACGGCAGCACGUCCGACGACACCGGCAGCUCGAUGUCCACUGUGGUGGACCGAUUCUCGACGUCCGACCGCGUCUCAACCAUCUCCACGGCGUCCACGGCGUCAACCGCGUCAGAACAGCCGAGCGAGUUCUCGAGCAUCGAUCGAGACUUGGACCGAUCGUCCGAUCGAGAUGUACUGCUGUCGCGAGCGAUCUGCCCGCUCGAGCAUCUCGAGCGGGACUUCUCCGCGAAUCCACCCGACUACUUGCUCCGCCGUCUCGCUAAUUCCGAGGCGGUGACGCAUGUGGAAUCGCGAGGCGAAGUCGAAAGGAUCACGGCGGUAGUCGCGCCGAACACGGUGCUGAUCGAGGAAACGAUCACCCUUCAGCCGCCUCUCAGCUUCCAAGACGCCCCGCUGAGUUACGGGCACGAGGCUCGGCCGGAUCUCUUUUACACGGCCGACCUCGCCGCCGACUCUACCACACAUUUCAGACCAAUUAAAGAUGAUGUCGAGCUCGUGGAGCGCGUCAACGGCAACGGCCACGAGGAAUUUCGCGAGACGACCUGCGCAAACAGCGCGGAGACGUGCGAGAGAAGCAACGGCGACAGAUUGUCGUCGUCGACGUCGUCCUCGUCCUCGUCAUCAUCAUCGCCACCUCCGUUGCCGGCUAGGAAUCACGUUAAUAGGAUCUGCGUGAACCAGUCGACGAGCGAACUCGCAAACGAAGCGCGUUCCCCGCGAGUCUCCGCGACAGUUCCCGUUUCGCCCGAGAGAGAACUCCCGGACGCUCCUCUGUUGCCGCCGAAGCCGUUGCCGAGGAAGGACGUCAAAGCCAGACGGAAGAGGCCACCUCCGCCACCGCCGCCGCCAACCAUAGCACCGCGAAGGGAGGCUAAGCCUUCGGCCGAGUCGAAUCACGUGAUGGAGAAAGAAAACGGGGAUCUGUCGCGAGCAGAAAACGCGGAGUACGUUCAAUCAGAGUCGUGUAACUCGUCACCGAGCAGAAACAACGUUCACGACGAGAGGAACCGAGGAGGUGAACAUUCAAGUACAAACGAGAACUUUGACAUGAAACCUGACGCGGUGAAGAGCGUUUGCGCUGAUAACGAGGCAACUGCUGCUGGCUCGGCGGAAGGCAUGCAAACGAACAAAGUCUUCGAAAUUAUCGAGAUCAGAAUGGCCAAAGGUCUGCAGAGCAGCCAGAAGGAGGAAAUCGCGAAAAACGAGCCGGAUAGUGCAUCCGAAGCGAUAGGCAAUUGCGAACGAACGACUGCCACGGAGCAAAGUGGCGCUAAAGACGAGAUGAUCGACAAGAACAAACAAGAACAGUUGCAGUCCUCGAGUAAUUCGAGCAGAAUUCCAACGGAACGUUCAAAUCCGAAUGUAGAAGCGACUGAAAAACCUCGGACCGACGAGAACGAUGAAGAGGGAAAGUAUAUUGACUCCGAGAGAACCUACGGAGAGAAAACUAGAGUAAAUACUCGAGAUGUUUUCAAGGAGGGAUUUCCAUCCAACGGCGAGGUCGAUAACCCUGCGCUACGAGAGAGCGAGGACGACGAAACGUAUCAAUCGUUGGACGAGGUGAAUGACGACAUGAAGAGUCCGGAGAUGAAUCGAAUGCUGGAGGACGACGAGAUCAUGGAGGAGGAGGAGGAGGAGGAAGACACGAGCGACGAGAGCGACGACGGCGAUUAUUAUUGGCAGAGCAAUCUAGCUACCAUCGGCGAAGAGGAGGAAACCAACUCUUUGGAAUAUAUGAACGCCAACACGGACGCGAAUGAUUCUAGCGGGCCGCCGGUGGAGCCGGAAGAGUCGUCUCCUACAAUCAAGAAAGAUACAUUCGUUAAAGUCGGUGUGCGAGAUGACGAAGCAGACCGUGUAAGCGACAUCGCGGAAUACACAGAGGAGGAAAACAAGAACCAGAACAAAGACACGGUAAAUGGUAAGAUGGAGAACUGCGGAGGCGGCCAGCGCCUGCCCCCGGACGGGGACGAAUUUCCAGCGGCGUACCAAGAGUUCAGCAGCAACGGCAGCCAGCCGUACAGAUACAUCGCCGCGACAAGGACAGCGACGAUAACCGCGAAUGGCGGAUUGUGCAACGAGAACGAGCCGUUCCGUGGUAGCGAGACUUUUAAGAUGCUCGCGAACGACAGCAACGUUGUCGGUUCGAGGAGCGUCAUCCUAUCCGAUAGUAAAAUGACGUUGACGAGCACGGAAAACGUGAGGCAAGACAUCAACAAAGUCGCUUUGGCGAAUAUAGAGAACGCCCGCUCGGAGAUGGGAAAGACCGUUACAACCAAUAUAGAUAAUGUGUGCCAAGACACAAAGUCUUCCGAGAUUCCGUCUGACGAAGAGAGGAAUUCGUCUUAUCAGGCUCCCGAAGAUAUAACGAAGAAAACCUCUGCCGUCGUUGCGACGAGUUCCCUUUAUUCUUGUCAGACGAAUAAUAGUAGUUUACUGAUGAGCGAGAAAAAGAUGGAGAUCGCCGCUUAUUAUCACAAGGACGUCACGACGAUCGACGAAGUGCCAAGCCAUGUGGAAAAGGACACGCCUGUUGACUCUCCGCCGCCUUUACCAUUAACGGGUCCACCAAAAAUAGAGCAAACAGUUUUACACACCAGAAAUGUCCCUACGAUGGAAUCGCCGCAGAGGAAAUUCUCCCUGAACGGCGAUCUCUGGAGACAAGACGACAAGUCCGAGCGAUCCGUCAGAGACAAAAUCGCCAUGUUUUCGUCGCAGAGCAGUCUGGACGCGCCUUUGUUUCCCAACGCUAUGGCAGCGGCGGCGGUCACGAGCAAUGGCAAACGCCUCUCCAAGUACAAAUCGUCGGAAGACGUUUGCUGUGACGAGAAGAACAACGGACAGAAAGACCGGUCGUCCUUCUUCGCCGACAGGACGCAGAGCUCCUUCGAUCUCACCGACUCAGCUAGGACUUCCACCACACAGGACUCGACGAGAAAAUACAGCCAACGAACGCCGAGUUUGCCUCAAACCGCUCAGCCGGCUCUCUUGAAUUCGACAACGCCGACUUCGCGCGUCCCGAAGACGCUGCCGGUCGUUCCGCCGAAGAACGCGCCACUACCCAGUCCAUUGGUGCCUUCGUAUGACAAGCAGACCUUCUCGAACGCGAAGAACUACUGUACAAACAUCUCCGAUAACGGUGGCAGCUUGCAACCAAACAUUGCGUAUCCGAACAUUAAUAAAUCUGUGGGUCCUUGCAACAAUUCCAAUAACUUGUCCAAGACACCGAGCACAUCCUCGUUGACGCGCGCCACGAGUUUCUCAGGCUCGAUGCCCUUCAUGCAAGAUCGAGGUGCCUUGACAGCCGACCCGCAGAUCGCACGAACGAACUCACUGGCGUCCACAUUUAGGCGACCUGGAGAAGAUGCGAGAAGAAGUAGCCUGAAUCAGCUGAUUGAACAGAGGCGGCGCUCGAUAUCGAAACUACGCGGUCUCGUCAUACCAGAGAAAGAUCCUGUCCUAAUCGAUCAGCCUAUCGUCGACUUGCCGGAAAUUAAAUCACGAGACUCAAUAUUACUGCAUCAGGUACCAAAGGCGAGCAUCCAAGACAAGUGGGGUUCUCAAAGUUCCUUAGCCAGCAACGCCAGCACGGCGAGCGCGCCCUUAAAAGCGACGACGUCUUUCAAGAUGCCAGCGCCUCAAAUACAUUCGAAAUAUUCGCCGGCCUUCAAGAGAAAAUCCCUGACAGUUUACGGCACAUCCAUGACAAGCUCCUCGAUAAACGGCAGCCCGAUUAAGAGUUCUCAACAGAGCGCGACUCCCACGUUCUCUGAGCCGCCGAAAAGCUUGGAAAGCAUUUGCAGUCCAACGAGAAGUGACUAUAGCUUCGAGUUUGCCUCAACAACCAGCUCGCCGGACGGCACACGCACCAGGCCGAAGACGGUGCAACGGAAAACUCGUAUGGAUUACGACGAUUCCGACAACGAUUCGGCCGUGAGCAGCUCUCAGAGCAGCAUAUCCCGCGGCUUCAGUCCGCCGAUGUCUCCGGUACCGUCCGAGAGAUCCACCAUCUCCUCAGAGAGAUCCUACAUGUCCACGGAACUAAACUACCAGCGUCGACCUUUGAUCGCGGACAACGUGAGCAGAAGCUCAGUGCGAGACGUCAGAGAUCCGACCGGUGUCGACAAGGACCAAUUCGUCGGUAGAAUCGGUGUUCUCGGGGACCGAACGUACUUGCUGGAAAGAUCGUCGUCCAGUAGCAGCGGCUCGAACCCGCGAUCACCGCAACCUAAUGAGCUCGCCUCGAGAAACUCGCAGAUCCCGCAGAGACAGCUGAGGCGAUCGAACAGCACCGACACCAAUUGCAGUACAUCUUCAACGCUCACAUCCGGAUCUCAAGCCAGCGCCGAGUCGUUAUCUAGGCGCGUGCUGAAGCCACAGAGUGUGGAGGCGAUAAAUCGCAAGAACAUCUUGGCGAGUGCCAGAUGCCGGAGCGGCAGAGAUCUGAAUGGGUCGCCGUUGAUCCAACGGAAGUUCUCCGACGACGAGGACGCUGCGAGAGCCGUCGAGAACGGCGGUGCUAUUCACCAAAGGGUCAGCACUUCUGGAAAUGAGUCCGCGAGCAAACAGGAGAUCAAGAUAGCUUACAUAGAAGUCACAGAUCCUUUCGCGGAGGACGAAGGAUCGUUUCAGAAGAAGGUCACGGAGCCUAAGCUGCCGCCCAAGAGAAGCGUACCUUCACCUGCCAUCAGACCACCCAAAUCCGAGUUGCUGGAGCCGUCUAACGAUCUGAAAAUGUGGGUGCGUGCGGAGGUGAAGACCUUGGCGCGCUCCGCGGAAGAAAAAUCGAAUAAGUUCGACAAAACGCCCGUCGCGCCUCAAAGUCUGGACGUGUCGCCUGUGAUUCACACGACGAAAAGUCGUGCUUCCAUGUUCAACGAACCCGUUAAACUCGUUACAGCUCCUAAUGGCGGUCUAUCUUCGAAAAGCAGAACAACUGUAGAAGAUACGAAGACUGCCGCAACGGAGACGGCGAAGCAACAGUGUAAAACAGCGAGCUUAACUCCCAGAAAAGGCACCGAGGAUCAAAACGAUCUCCUGACGAUCUUAACGACGAAGAGCAGAUCCAGAUCGGCGAUACACGUCGACGAGGGGACUUUCGGCAGAUCGAAGAGUCAAAUGAGUCUGGAGGACAUAUUAGGUGCUAAAGCGGACCCGAAGAUUCUCCGCGCGCAAAGUAUAGAGCCGAAGAUCGAGAAGAAUGGCGCGAUAUUGAGCCCGCAAGCGAAGUCCGCCUGGGAGCCAAAGGAAAGUCGGUACGGUAGACGGGGCUCCGCUACCUCCAAUGACUCUUGGUCAGAAGAACGACCCUUCGUCUCGAAAAUACCCACUUUAGGCAAAGUCAGACCUGUCGACAGCGGCGACGAGAUGUCAGAGAGUAUAGAAAGGACGAAGAGCGCGAUGUCGAAGAUACCGACGUCCCGCGGCCUGAAUCGACGCAGCACCAGCGUCACCGACAUGAAGAAGGCCCUGGAGAAGAUCGACUCGACCAGCUCUCACCACGGUCAACCGCAGCAGCAGGCAACCAGUGGCAACGCUCACAAUCGUUUUCCGAGUUUAGACAGCAGCGUGGACGAGAACGUAUGCGCAAUUGGCACGGAGACGGACACCGACAGAUGCUACGGCGAACAAUUCGGCAGUAUCAGCUCGUUAGCUAGUAGCACCAGCUUGAUCUCGCAGCAAGAAUUAGCGCAGCUGGUGGAAGAGGCGAGUCUAGAGGAGGCGCGCGGCGCGCACGAUGUCGUGGUCGUGCUGCUUCACAAGGAGAAUCCCACCGGCAGUGUCGGCAUCACCCUGGCCGGCGGCGCGGAUUGCGAGGUGAAGGAAAUCACGGUGCACCGAGUGCUGACGCACUCCAUCGCGGAUAGAGACGGUCGUGUGCAGAGAGGCGAUAGGAUCCUCAGUAUAAACGGCAGGAGCACGCGAGGCCUCACGCACAGAGAGAGUAUGGCGGUUUUGAAGCAACCGAGAUCGGAAGUGGUCUUGGUCGUGUCGAGAGCCAAAAUGGAGGAAGGCUACAGGCUGAGAUCGCGAACUGCGAGUGUCGAAACCAUCGUCGAAGGGUUAGAGACGAAUGGAAGCAUCGAGAAUAUCGCGUGGGGACCACCUUCGACCGUGGCGGUCUACAAAGACGGAGCUGGUCUGGGAUUUAGUUUGGAAGGCGGAAGAGACAGUCCCCUCGGGGAUAGGCCUCUCAUCAUUAAGAAAAUAUUCACCGGAGGUGCUGCCGAAAAGACAGGUGCCUUAAGAGCCGGGGACCAACUGCUCGAAGUGAACGGCAACGACGUGACACGCAUGUCAAGAAUAGAAGCGUGGUCCUUGAUGAAGAAGCUGCACGACGGUGAAGUGAAUCUCCUAGUCAGGCAUCCUGCCACCAAGUCCUCGUGAAGAAAAAUAAUUCACGAUUGGGCUGCAACGAUGCGAACGGAGUGCAGGAAUGUGCCAAGCAAGCGACUGCAUAAUUUUCUCGAUCAAUAUUCGUUAAAAUAGGCAUAAUGAUUAAUAACAUACGUUAAUUUGUUGUUCGAGAAAUAUAAAAUAUUAGAUUCGAUUUUAACGCAAGAAGCUAUUCCUUAUCGGGUUUGGAUCAUCGUUGUAGAAGCUUGUUCGAAGACGAAUCUAAACAUGAGAAAGAGAGAGAGAACUCGUGAAUCACAGUCACGAGGUUUGCAUAACUUCUACAAAUUUUAAGAUAUCGCUUUGUAGUCAAAGUCGAAUAUCAGCAUCGCCGCAAUUGAAGAGACAACGUAUUCUACGUUUUUCAAAUGUCCGAACUACGAAUCAAAUAGCUGUCGUAUAUAUUCGCCGGCCUGAUGAUUACGUAAAGUUAUCCACCAUAUCUCAAUUUAACUCUCAAUUAAGCAGAAAGCGAGAGAAUGUGCACGACGCAGGUCUACAAUUUGCUAAUUUAUUUCGCCUUCCGAUCAGGCGCCCUGUAGGUAUUAUACUUUUAGCGGAUAUCAUCCUGUACGUAAUUAGCAGUAAAAUAAUGUAUCGUUCGAAUGCGAGUAAAUUUGCGGUACAAUGUAACGGUUUCAUGCGAUUAUAUUUUCAUACUUGGAGAUGCGGAACGCAUGAAAGAUGAAAGAGGAAUUAAAGAUGAAAAUUUCCGAUUUGAAUGAAUAAUUCGAAACGUAGUUAUGUGUGUGAAUUACGACUACAUGCAACGAUUAAAAAAUAAUGAGCGACUUAUCACACACGAUAUGUAAUCACGAGCAUUUCAUUGAGACGCGUGUCAAUUAGUCUCUCUUAAUGACGUAUUUUUUAAUGAAAUAUGCGCUUGAAAAUUUCGAUACGAUGUAUGCCAUACGCAGCGAACCGUAAUCUUAUUCAAAUGGAGUAGAUAGGCGUGUCAAUUGUUCAUUUAGGAGCAACGUGUCGAUACGUCGUUCGUACGACAUUAAUUACAUAGUGCCGGCCGUGCAGUAAUAGUUUGAAUUAAGUUUGCGACACGAGCGAGUAGUGCCGAGAUAUAAUUAAAAUACAAGCCUGAUUGUACGAAUCCUUUUAGUAGAUCGCUCAUUUUCGAUCGAUAUCGCCGUGUAGCCACCCUAUCGCUUUACUAUAGGUUCCUGUUAAUUUACUCUUUAAGGCACACACGAACGAGACAGAAUAUUUCUCUUAUAAAAUCGCAGUUACACGCUGUUCGUGGAACAUGAGUAAAACACGCGUGUAUAACGCAAAGGAUAUAUUAUUUCAGUUCUCUAAACAUUAACACGAAUAAGACCGUACGAAUAAGUUUCCUACACAAGCAAUUUUGCCGCCCUGUCGCAGCUACUAGCAAUAAUUGAUGACCUUGUGUGUCACAGCGAAAAAAGAAUCGCUGAUCGCUAUUAAAAUUUAAAAUUUAAUCAAUUUUUCAAUCAAUUUUUUUAAGUUCAUUAAAAACGAUGAAAAAAAGAGAAACAGGAAACAAAGUAUCUUAAUAAAGCUGUGUACUCGCGAAUACACCGGUUGCGGCAUUUCUUUGCAAAGAAUGCUGGAACAGGCGAAAGUCGCGACACUGUCCACACGAUUUUUGCCUGUUUCCUAAAAGAACUUGUGUAAAAGCUAAUCUACAAUACGCGGAGUAAAUUUUGCGUGAGUUAGAAAGGAGGAAAUAAAAAGAAAUUAUUUCGCUCAUAAAUAAAGAGAAAUUAUUUCGCUUAUAAAUAAAAAGAAUUUAUUUCGCUUACGCCUAUGCUUUAACUCCCUUACACCAGAAGUAUUUUUCUUAAGAGAAAUACUUCCGGUAUAAGGCAGCUAUAGACGUGAGCGAAAUAAAUUCUUUUUAUUGCUUACUCCACUUUUAUACGCCAAGCUUAUUGUAUACGAACCUUAACAAUUAUGUUAUAGGAUGUAAAAUGUGGCAAUCUGCGAGUAUAUCCAUUGCGGUACAUUGCAUAUAAUCGAAGAAUUUGUUUCUGAAUAGAAUCUCACGCACUUAUUUUUGCAAGAUAAGAAUAACGCAUUACAGAGUCGCGAAAUAUUACUGAUGUGGGAUACGUAACCACAAAAUUUUCAUUUAUCUAACAUACAAAUUUUUAAGGCCACGUUCGAAAGUAAACUCUUCGAUUACAUAAGGAUAUUUCCAAGCAGGCGUCAUAUAUGCCUCAGCAUUAUGAUUAGGAUUAGUUGAAUGAUUUUUAUCUUUACGCAUAUCGUAAGGAAAUCGUUAAAUAACCUAGAAAAUUAAUGUUAAGGCAUAUAUGUCAUUUUUUCCGUACGCGCGAUAAGGAUGUAACAGAACGGAAUAUGCACCAAGGGUGCUUACCAUGGACGAGGUCUUCGGAAAGGCCUGAGUUGCGUGAGAAGCAGAAAAAAUGGCGAGUAAGAAAAGAUCCGUUGUGACUCCAAUUAUCUUCUUUCCCUCCGGGAGAUUCAUGUCGUUGCUAAAAAGAAAGAGAUAAUAGACUUUAUUCCCCGCCAUUGCGCAUCUUCUCUUCCGUAAUUUUCGUCAUUACUAUACAUACCUAUAUCGAUCAUAAAUUUAGAGCCUGACGUGCAUCAAACGAUAAGAGAAAAAAUAUUUCGCGUUGAAUCGCGCGGGAGACGCAUUAUUACUCGCGUCGAUUGCUUUUUCGAUUUCGCACUGGGAUCUAUUGAACUCUGAUUUAUACUUGUCUUAUAUUCCCAGAUAACAUAAAAUCUUCAGAGAUUAUUCUGGGACGUUCUUAGGAUGUAUGAAUAUCAUUAGAAUGUCUUUAAAACGUCCUUUGAAGAUUUGUGCUGUAUGAGUUGAGCUUGUAUGUACAAUCUGUACAGCACAAAUGUCUUAAAUAUAUGCCAAAGACGUCCCAGAGAUGUGUAAUACGGAACGUCUUAGGAUGUAUUUUGGACAUUUGUGCAAGCAUGCCUUUUGGUUGUGGGAUUUAUUUCUCUUUGACUCUCGUUUAUGUCUUGGUAUAAUUACUCGACUAUAAGUGGACCAUUAUUGUUACCUUCAAUUAUUCAUCAAAAUCGCUCCGUGAGCAAACGAAAGAAGUUCGGAAUCCCAAUGCGAGGAGCUAGACAGCUAAAAGCAACCGUGAAGACUGCGCGGGCGGAUCAAAGUGAUCGUUAACCGACGACGAACAUGUCGCCACCCGUCUCUACAUGAAGUUAGCCAUAAACAGGCGUAGAUUCUCAUUGGCGAAUUAAAAUCGAGUUAUGACGGACUGCAAAGUUCGAUUGCAAACCAAAUUCAAAUUUGUUUUAAAAGUUUGAGGUUGUGAUAUAAAGUUUUAUCGUUCAUCGAUUCGUUUAAUUUAAAAAGCAACUUGAUAAUUAUUUGAAUAAGUUUCUACUGCUCUUCAUAUGCUUCGAGUUUCUGAAACAGUACCCUUUCUGUUAUAUUCUUACGUCUAUUGUUACUAAAUUUCUAAUAUAAUAUGUGUAUGUGUGUAUAACAGGAGAAACAGAACGCGCGAUAUACGAGUGUGCGCACGAGUGUAUGAAUCAAUUAGUUUAUUCUACAUCGCAAUUGGAAUUACAUAAUUGAACCGAGCUAGGAAAAAGAAGUGUCAUAUAUAUAAUAUAACAAAUAUUAUUAUUAAUAUAAAGGUAUAUAUAUAUACAUAUAUAUUGGAAUAUAUAUUUAAACAUAUAAAUUACUUUUGGAUCUGCAUUUCUUAAAAUUCGUGCUGUGAUAUACACGUGAGUGUCACGAUUUAGCGUAAAACAGCUAUUGAUUUAAAAAGAAAACUAAUCAAUAUUAUUACAUAUUUUUUAAACCACUGUAAAUUCAUAAAUAAAGUAUUCAGCUAUUUGCGUUCGUAUUGUUUAAUGUUAUAAAUAUGCUUUUUUACUGCAUACUCUUCUACUACACAUGUAAAACACAUUGUAAACAGGGACACUAUAACUUAUACUAAAGACAUAGAAUUUCUCGUGCAACACACGUAAAAAGAAACAAAAAUAAUUCAGAUGAGUCAGAUUGAAUCCAACCACGGAAACAAUCCUUUUCAUUCGAUAUGUAAGAAAAAAGAGAAUUGUUUUCUUACGUAUGUGUUAUAUUGAAAAAUGACUAUGUUCCAAUCUUUUUGUGUGUUCGUUUAAUAUAUUUAUUAAAUACUACAGUUGUACAUUAAAAAUCGUAAUAACAGCAAAUUGUACAUAGAGAUGAUCAAUACCAAUAACAUUUCUUUGGAACA